AUGCUUGAGGUUGCCGAUGUGGAGGUAAUUCACCGCCGCAAGGCAACAAAUUUUGAGAAGAGUUGGCGGCGGCAUCGGACCCGGAAGGCCGGAGCUGGGACCGGAUGUGGCAUUCCGGCCGAGCCCACCGCCACCAGGGAACCCGAGCCUGAGCCGGCGCCGUCAGGCGAGAUAUGCCUUGCGGGUUGGUCAGCGGCCUUUAUAGAAGGGUGCAACGACUUUGGCUACGUCGCCUUCAAGCACGACGAUCUCUGCGGCCACAACUCGGUCCGUAUCGACGAAUUUAAGAUUGAUGGCACUUGCGACCUGGCCCAGAACAAUUUCAGGGUCUCAUUUGUGCUGUGCGGGGUGAAAGCUUAG